CCUACAAGCGUCUGCCGCCUCCCUCGUCGUGUCCGAGGAGCUGCUACGCGGUCGGGUUCGACGUUAAGCGUGUGACUGAUUUUAUUUAACUACUCGUGCAGCGCCUGCCGCCGGCCCUUGUGGUAGCCAUGGAUGAAGAGUACGACGCCAUCGUGCUAGGCACCGGGCUUAAGGAAUGCAUCCUGAGCGGCAUGCUGUCGGUGAGCGGCAAGAAGGUUCUGCACAUGGACCGCAACAAGUACUAUGGGGGUGAGUCUGCCUCCAUCACACCGCUGGAGGAGCUCUUCACCAAGUUCAGCCUGCCAGCGAGCCAGCUGGACGAGUACGGCCGCUCACGUGACUGGAAUGUAGACCUGGUGCCCAAGUUUCUUAUGGCCAAUGGCCAGCUGGUCAAGCUGCUCAUACACACGGGCGUCACGCGCUACCUCGAGUUCAAGUCGGUCGAGGGCAGCUAUGUCUACAAGGCGGGCAAGAUCCACAAGGUGCCAGCCGACGAGAAGGAGGCUCUGGCAUCCAGCCUCAUGGGCAUGUUCGAGAAGCGCCGCUUCCGCAACUUCCUCGUGGCCGUGCAAGACUACGCCUUUGACGACCCUAAGACUUGGAAGGAUGUUGACCACCAGACCACCACCGCCUGCCAGCUGUACGAGAAGUUUGGCCUCGACAAGGACACUGCUGACUUCACAGGACAUGCCCUGGCCCUGUACCGGGAUGACGAGUACCUGCAGAGGCCAUGUGGGGAGUUAAUCCGGAGGAUCAAGCUGUACAGUGACUCGCUCGCCCGGUAUGGCAAGUCUCCUUACCUCUACCCACUCUACGGCCUCGGUGAGCUACCACAGGGCUUCGCCAGGCUGAGUGCCAUCUAUGGGGGCACGUACAUGCUGGACAAGCCCAUAGACGAGAUUGUGCUGGACAAUGGUCGGGUGGUAGGCGUGCGGUCGGGCAGUGAGACUGCACGCUGCAAGCAGGUGUACUGUGACCCUUCCUACGUGCCAGACCGGGUGGAAAAGGUGGGCCAGGUGGUGAGAUGUAUCUGCCUGCUGAACCAUGCCAUUCCCAACACCAAGGAUUCGCUCUCCUGCCAGAUCAUCAUCCCCCAGAAGCAGGUCAACAGAAACUCGGACAUCUACGUGUCCCUGGUGUCGCACACCCACCAGGUGGCAGCCAAGGGCUGGUUCAUUGCCAUGGUGAGCAGCACCGUGGAAACGGACAAUCCGGAAGCCGAGAUCAAGCCAGGCCUUGACCUCCUGGGACCCAUUGCGCAGAAGUUUGUCAGCGUCAGUGAUGUGUAUCGGCCCAUUGACCUGGGCUCUGACAGUCAGGUCUUCAUCUCGCAGUCGUACGAUGCCACAACCCACUUUGAGACAACCUGCCUAGAUGUCCUGGACAUCUUUCGUCGUGGCACGGGCGAGGACUUUGACUUCUCCAAGGUGAAGCAUGACCUCGGGGAUGAGCAGGAGUAGAGAGAGACCAGUGUGCAGGACUGAAGAUGGCCGCCACCACUGCAGGCACUGCUUGGACCCGUCUUAGUUUUGCCCUUGCCCCAACGUCGACUCGCUGGCUUCCUGAGUGUGUGUAGCUUGCUGGGUGUGGUGAGCAGUGCGCAUGCCCCCCCCCCCCCCCCCCCCCGUGCACACUGUGCACCAUGCAGGAACACCUUGCGCAGCUGCUGCUGUUUUUCCAGGCACUGCUCCUUGACAAAACUGAACCACUGUUUCUCAGCAAAAAUGUUAGGGGCGCCCUGUAUUGUUCAGUGUGGCGUUGUGCUCUCUCAGCAUGACCUGUGAUUCUUGGUUCAGUUGCAUCACCAGCAGCCAUUGUUGUAAGCAGAGUGAAGGAGAGCAUUCACCACACUGCCGACCUUCCCUUUUAUUUUUUCUUUGUUUUUUCGGGCUCUGCAACUAGGCUGGUCUGGAAGUAAGGGUUCGGGUCAGUGGCACAGUGGUCUGACAAUGUUAUCCUGUCCUUGUUGCUCACUGCUGGCCACUCUUUGCCGGGGUCUUUUCAGGGUCUACCCAUACUGGCAAACAUGUUUAUUUUUGUGCUGUAAUUUAAGUAUGUGUAUUGUUCUUCCAUUUCCGCUGCUUCCCCACCCCACUUUUUUAUCUCGUGUCCGUGAUUGUAGUUCCUAUGUUGGAUGGCUUGGCAUGGGCCUGUGGAGAAAUCUUUUUUGAGGUUUUGCAGACAGCGGAACAAACAUGAAGUGAAGGAUUAAAAAAAAGAAACAUUCCUUGGACUGGGUUCUGGCUUGGUCAAGAAAUGGUGGAGGCCGGUGUGCUGCGCUAGCUGCCUUCAAGAAUGCACCGAGGAGGAGUUGCACAUAUUGGCGUUUACCAAAUGCAAAGAGCACCCAAUUAGUGAAAUUUGUCUCGCUCAAGUCAGAAGCUGCCCUGCUGCAAGCUUUUCUUGUAUGCAGUGGAGUGUGCGAUUACUUUUCACAUAUAAAUAUGUGGUGCAUGAAAAAUGUCUGGUGGUACGAAGCUUGCACUCUUGCCUCAUUUCAAUGCUAAUGCUGCUUAUUGAAUGCACAUGGCUUGAUCAGCCUCUCUGACAUCUGUCACACAAAGUACCAUUUGGGACUGGUUAACGCGGCACAAUAAUGCCUUCAAUUCUGUGUGUGCUUCGUAUACCGAUGUCAUGCUUGCGAGUAUGUGCAACUCUAUAAAGACCGCUAAUUAAAUAUCUUCUUUGAAUGGUUGAA